AAUAACAACAACCCCAACAACUUGGUUUCCAUUGAACAUCGUGUUGAAUAAUAAUGAUCAGAUAAGUGCUUCUAAAAGUAUUUUCCCUUAAAAUUGUGAAUUCUUAUUGUCGAGUUUAGUUUUACCGCAUUAAAAAUGCCGAAGAAAAAAACUGGUCAGCGUAAGAAGGCCGAAAAGCAGAAACUUCGCCAGAAAGAGAUUCGCAAUCGCGAAUCUCAGCUGCCGGAGCAACCUUGCAAUCUGCCAAUGGAUUGCGAGAAGUGUGGCAGGAAGCAGAAGUCUCGUGCAUUUUGCUAUUUCUGUCAAAGCGUUCAACGCUUGCCCAUAUGCGCCCAUUGCGGAAAGCAGAAAUGCAUGCUAAAAACCGGAGACUGUGUCGUGAAGCACCCGGGUGUGUACACCACCGGGCUGCAGAUGGUGGGUGCCAUCUGCGAUCAUUGUGAGGCCUGGAUCUGCCACGGACGGAAGUGUCUUCAGGCGCAUGCCUGCACCUGUCCACUGAUGGAUGCCGUAUGCAUCGAAUGCGAACGUGGCGUCUGGGACCACGGUGGCCGAAUGUAUAAGUGUUGCUUCUGCGAUAACUUCCUUUGUGAGGACGAUCAGUUCGAGCACCAGGCCUCCUGUCAGGUGUUGGAGUCGGAAUCGUACAAGUGUCAGUCGUGCAACCGACUGGGACAAUACUCGUGCCUGCGUUGUAAGACGUGUUACUGCGAGGAUCAUAUUCGUCGAAAAGGCUUCAAGUACGACAAGAACAAGCCGAUUCCGUGUCCAAAGUGCAACUACGAUACGAGCCAGACUAAGGAUCUGAGCAUGUCUGUUCGUAGCCAUAAGUAUGGCCGUAAACGUCAAGACGACAUGGAUGACGAUGAUGAUGACUACGUGUACGAUGCCGAAUACACCGCGUACCGAGCAGCUGCUGACCGUUACAAUGAAACCGAUUCCGAUGAUGAUGACGACUACGAGGAGGGCUCUGACUCGGAUGAAGAUGAUGACGAUGAGUCUGAAGAAGAGGAGGAAGAGGAAGACGACAAGGCAGGUACGAGCAGCGGAAAAGGAGGCAAGUGAAUCGUUCUGCCGCCCCUAUAAGGAAGUUCUUUCCAAAGGCUCAUAAGCAUUACUUGAUUGGUAGGUUGAUUCUUGUUGAAUUUAGAUAGUUUGGGUAUCGAACCGAUGGGAAGUUGUAUUCAAUAAAGAACGUAGAAAUAUCCAGUA